UGGGGUGUCAAUUGUAAUUAUAUUAUAAUUUCGAAUUUGUAACUUUAAAGAGAUUUUGAUAUAGUUUUUUUAAAUACAUAAAUUUUAAGCAAUUAUGAGGAUUGACUGAAAACCCCGCACGAGUAGCUCAAUUGGUCAAGUGGUGGGAAAUUUGAACCAAGUGACCAAGGUUCGAAACCCGCGGCGGCCGUGUGAAGGUUACAACUCCUGCGUGCUGGGCUGGACCUCUGGUGCGCACGGAUAUAAGGUCUAUCAUCAUUGACUGACUGGGUCAUCGUGAUUAACAUCCUCCCUAAAAUCAUAUCGGGUCGGGGUAUGUGGGGCUUCUGGGUGUGAGAUUCCACCUUCUUUUACCGAGAGGCGUGACUGAAAAGUGAAAGAUAAGGUUUUGGAGGCGGGAGUAACUCGUUUUUUUUGUAGGCAUUUGAAAGAUGAGAUAAGAAUAUUUGUGGCUGGGAAUUCUUUCCGGCAAUGGCAGAUGAUAGUCCGUCCAUUUUCAUUGUUCUGUUCAUUCUUGGUGUUGGCGAAUUUGUUCGACAAACCAAGGUAUCCCGCCUCUAUCCAAGGUAUUGAUCUCAUCUAAUCUCUCUGAUCUGCAUCCUAAUAUAGAAAAGGUAGAGAAGAUCAGAGUACGUAUUUUGUUGCAUUGGGUCUUCAAUUCUUGGGGGAGGAGAUGGCGGAAAGCGGUGGUUGGCCUCCAAAGCUGCAAGUGCCAGGGAUGACUAAAGAUCGUUGCGAGGCGCAGAUACUGCUGCACUCGCCGGGGCUAUGGGGCGACGCCUCCGACACCUACCAAUAUUUCUUCUUCACUUACACGCUCCCUCGUCUCCUUUUGCAAAUCUCUGUCAUUUUCGCCCUCACCCACUCCCUCUAUCUCCUCCUCAAGCGCUUCCGUUUGCCCCGCAUCGUCUCUGAGCUCCUCGCGGGGAUCAUUUUGGGGCCAACCCUGCUGGGUAAAUACAGGCUCACAGAAAUCUUCAUGUUCAGGCGAGAGGGAGAAGGCUACGUGGAUUUACUCUCGAAAAUCGGCUACAUCUUCUUCAUAUUCCUCAGCGGAGUGAAGAUGGACCCUGGAAUGAUAUCCAGGACAGGCUCCAAGGCGUGGACAAUCGGGGCCGUCGCCGUCAUCGUCCCCUACACCGCCUUUCUCAGCUUCAGCGAAAACAUCAUCCAGAAAUACCCCCAGAUCCACAGAUACCGGUGGCCGGCUUUCGGGAGCAUUCUGGGCAUCCAGAGCAUCUACGCCUUCCCCGUCAUCGCCUUCCUCCUCGUGGACCUCAAGAUCAUGAACUCCGAGCUGGGCCGCCUCGCGCUAGCCACCGGCCUCAUCACCGACCUACUCAGCAACCUCAUCUCCACCGUCAUCUCCAACAUCAAGAUGGGCACCAUGGCCGCAAUGCCCGUCCUCUCCGUCCACGCCUUCAUCCUCACCCUCGCCCUCGUCUCCCUCUUCGUACUCACCAUCCGCCCCCUCUCCUCAGCCAUCAUCAAGCGCACCCCGGAGGGCAAGCCCGUAGACACCGUCUACAUCAUUGUCAUCUCCUUUAUGGUCUUCUGCUCCUCCAUUCUCACCGACAACGCCGGCCUCAACUUCCAAUACGGCCCCUUCAUCCUGGGUCUGGCCAUCCCGGACGGGCCACCGCUCGGGUCCACGUUGGUGGAGAAGUUGGACACCAUCGUGUCCGGCCUUCUAGCCCCCCUCAUGGUCACCUAUUGCGGCACCAAGGUGAACCUGGUCGACAUGUACGACCUCCAGUUCAUAUUUUACGUCUGGCUCACCCUCCUUCUCUGCUACGCUGUCAAGUAUCUCUCCAUCUUCUCCCCGGCCGUGGCGUGCAAAGUCCCCGUCAAGGAUGCCGCUUCCCUAGCCUUCAUCCUCAGCACCCAAGGAGUGGUGCAACUCUCCUUUUACCUCAACAACAUCAUCAACCAAACCUACGACGCGGAGACCUUUUCAACGCUGACGGUGGGGGUCAUGAUCACGGCCGCCGCCUCCCACAUCCUCGUCGCCUCCCUGUAUGAUUACACGAGGACGUAUACGGGUUACCAGAAAAGAGACAUCCAGCACAUCUCGCCCAACUCCGAGCUCCGGAUGUUGGUGUGCGGUCAUCGAUUGGAUGACGUUGUGGCGGUAAGGAAGUUGCUACAACUAUCCUCUUCUUCCCGAGAGAGCCCCCUCUCGGUCUACUCACUAUUCCUGGUGGAGCUGGUGGGGCGUGCCACCCCUUUGCUGAUUGACCACCAGUUGGGGCAAAAGAACAGUGGUGGCGGUGCUUCUUCUUCCUCCCGCUCCCAGAAAAUGGUCGACGUGUUGAGAUGGUUGGAACAACAGGAUGUGACGGGGACCACCAGCGUGCAGUUCUUCACGACCAUAUCGCUGCAGAAGUUCAUGCACCACGACAUAUGCUCCCUCGCAUUCGACAAGCUCGCAGCCAUGAUCGUCCUACCCUUCCACCGCAAGUGGAACCAGCAAGGGAAGCUCAUCCAGGAGAACAACAGCUUGAGGGUCAUGAACAAUUGCGUCUUGGAUAUGGCCCCUUGCUCUGUCGGCAUUCUCAUAGACCGCCACAAGAUGAUGACGUCAACGCCCAAGAGUAUGACACCAUCGGUGGCGGUCAUUUUCCUUGGAGGGGCCGACGAUCGGGAGGCUUUGGCCUACGGCCGACGCAUGUCGAGGUCGCCUGCGGCGGUUCAUCUCUCGGUGGUCCGGUUCGUGCCGUGGGACCCGGAUGCGGCCGACACCCAGUGGGACGCGGUUCUUGAUGCGGAGCUAUUGAAGGAAACCCGGCUCGUGGGACAGCACCAGGACAACGUGGUUUACAGAGAAGAGAGGGUGAAGGACGGCGCAGAGACCGCUCUCACAAUUCAUGACAUGGAAGAAGCUUUUGAACUUAUCUUGGUGGGGAGGAGACACCGAGAUGAUUUGCCCCAGUUGUUGGGGCUGAGUGAGUGGAACGACAUCCCAGAAUUAGGGCCCAUUGGGGACAUGCUCGCUGCAUCCGAAAUUACCUCACCUGUCUCCAUUCUCGUCGUCCAACAACAAUAUACCAACACAAAUAAAUAAUUAGUACGUAAUAAUGAAAUCAUCAUACAACUUGUCAUGUAAUAUAUAGACUAGUUAGUGGAGAAAAAUGUGACAUUUUAUAUUUUAGCUAUUAUAAUGGUAGCCUAGGUGAUCAUGGUAAUGUUCAAUUUUCAUUAAUAUUUAAAAUUUAUUUCAUUAAUA